AUUUACUUUCUGGUCGCAGUGCUUAGUAAACAAACGCAAUGGCGGAUGAUCUAGGCAACAGUCUCAAUACUUACGAAGUUCAACUGGAACAGGUUGAGGCGGCCUUGACGUCUGAUCCAACCAAUGCUGAACUAUUGAAAUUAAAAGGAGAUCUUCAGGAAGUCAUCACUCUCACCACUAAUCUUCUUGAAGCACAAGCGAGUGCUGCAGGUAGCAACACUGGUCAUGGUUCACAGAGUAGCAGUGCUGAAGCAUCAGCUGUCAAAGCAUGGAAAGUUGGAGACGAGUGUCUUGCUAUGUGGUCAGAAGACUCUCAGUGGUAUGAUGCAGUCAUAGAUGCCAUAACAGACGACGGCCUUGUUGCAGUAAGCUUUGAGGGAUAUGGUAAUUCAGAUGUAACGAAAUUGUCUAUGUUAAAGGAAAGAGUGCCUGGAGAAAAAAGAGGCCAGCAUCCAGCUUCUUUAGCGUCGGAAUCUGAUAGAAAUAAGAAAAAACAGGUUGAAGCACAACGUCAACAGGCAAGAAAAAGGAAACAGAAAAAACAUGAUAGACAAAAGUUAAUAGAAGAGGCCCAUGAAGCUGAGAAGGCCAAGUGGCUUGCAUUCUCUACGAAAGUUAGGGGGGCUAAGAAACUGAAGGGAGUCACAAAGAAGUCAAUAUUUGCCACCCCAGAUGCAGCCAAUGGAAGAGUCGGUAUAGGAACGUGUGGCAUUGGAGGGAAACCUAUGACUGAGUAUACACAUGCUGAAAAAUGGCGGAAAGGAACUUAAGUUUAAAGCCACAAAGACCAUUGAUAUUUAUAGUUAAAAGAGAGCAUUAAAGAGUGAAAGUGAGCAUUAUACAUUAGGAUGGACUGAUUUCAUUUUGAUACAGUAUUUAUAAUAAUUUCAUGAUAAUAUGAAGAAGUGUUUUAAAGUACUCUAGGUAGGUGCAGAUGCUACUGGCUUAGCAUUGAGAGAUAAUUAGAAAAAACUGUAAGAGGAUUGACAUAGCAUAGCAGAUAUUCAAGGAAAAUUUGUAUUCUUUUGACAAAAGCAUUUUUAGCUGGGUCAUACUUACAUUUUUCUGUACGUAUAUGCCUUUCUGUUAUCUGCCUUCCAUAUUUUUAAUCUUUUUCUUAGAGGUCCUUUUCAUUGAACUUCUGCUCAAUUGGCAAUUCACUUAUAUAACAAGGACUUAAUGCCUUGCAAUAUAAAAACUUUUGUGACAUUAUCAAGGUAAAGAUGUUAAUGUACAGUAAUUUAGUUGCAAUUGUUGAGAAGUUUUUUAUUUCAUUUCUGCAUACUCAUUCCUAUUCUCCAGCAGUUUUCCUGUUCCUCAGUGUUAUAACAUAGUACUACGUAAAUUGUAAUUUUUCAAUAUUUUUUAUACUAUACUUUCUUUCAUUUUUUUGAGAUGAGUUUACUUUUAAUGCAUCGUUGGUACGUAGUUAUUUACUCUCUCCCUUUCUCUCAUCAAAAAAGUAUACCCUACAAUGCUUCAAUAUGAAUUGUCUGACAAUGUAGUUUUGAUAUUGAAAUAGCAGACUUUCUGCAAUAAUUUAUACAGAUUUUAAUUGUAAAUAAGUGUGUACUGAGAACAUGUAAAAUGUAUGUAAUUUUUUAAAGAUUGUGGGGGGUAGGGUUAAGCUGGAAGCAUGCACUCAAUUGAAAGAGAAAACUCCUAAGAAAGUUAUACACUGGAAAUACUUGCAGCUUUCAUUCCAGUCAGAAAUCACUUCUCAGUUGGUGUUUGAUAACUAAAGUAGAUUUAAGGUGCAGAAUAUAGAAAUUUUGAGAUGUGAUUUACUCAUACAUUGUCAGUAAACCUUUCAAAAGUACACGUUGUGAUUUUAGGAAUGUUUGGUAAGUAAGUAAUAAGGCGUUUGGUGGGAUCUUUAGGAUAAGAGAAAAGAAUUGUUUUACUGUGUUUCUACAGGGUGCGGCAACAUAUCUUCCUUUUUUCAAAAGGCAAUAAAACAAGAUGUAAAAAUCAGAAAGGUUUUAAUUUUGUCUCAUAAUGAUAGUACAUAUUUAAAGUUUUGUUUCACACAGUUUUGAAAAUUAUAUCAGGUGGGUGACGUCCCCCAUUGUCCAUACACUGCUUAAACCGAUUUCUGGUGUUUGUCAUGACCGUCACCAGCAGCGUAUCAGCGGGUAUAUUGGCAAUUUCUUCUCGGAUGUUGGCCUUCAAGUCUGGUAGGCUUCUCGGGCGGUUGACACAAACACGGGAUUUCAAAUAUCCCCACAAAUAAAAAUCAGAGGACGGAGCAACGGCUCACACUUCAAGGGCAUCGAUGGCUGUUUUGAGGGAACACUUUCCGGAGCGCCUCAUUUCAAUAAGGGGGCGAUUUGGAGUGGCCAGCCUGUUCCCCCGAUUUGUCCCCUUGUUAUUUUUAUUUGUGGGGAUAUUUGAAAUCCCGUGUUGAUGUCAACCGCCUGAGAAGCCUACCAGACUUGAAGGCCAACAUCCGAAAAGAAAUUGCCAAUAUACCUGCUGAUACGCUGGUGACGGUCAUGGCAAACACCAGAAAUCGGUUUAUGCAGUGUAUGGACAAUGGGGGACGUCACCUACCUGAUAUGAUUUUCAAAACUGUGUAAAACAAAACUUUAAAUAUGUACUAUCAUUAUGAAACAAAAUUAAAACCUUUCUGAUUUAUACAUCCUGUUUUAUUGCCUUUUGGAAAAAGGAAGUUGUGUUGCCGCACCCUGUAUUAAUUAGUUUUCAUGUGCAUUUCCAUUUUUCAAUUUUCAUUAUGGAAGGUAGCCCAAAGAAUUCUAAUUAAGGUAAGUUAUAUAGUUUAACCAUCUAAUAAAGAAUCAAAGUUUUUUGAGCAAGGAAAUAUUUGUAAGUUUUGUGAACCUAAAGAAAGAAAAUUCAGUGUUUUUAGGAAGAGGAUGUUGUUGAAAGGAUACUGGAUACAAUAAAAAAAAGCACUGUAUGGAAGUUUAAACACUAAUGGAAUGAAAGCUGUAUGUUAUUACAUUUUAGGUUUCAAAAGCAGAUCCCCUUAUAUCCAAAUUUAUGAUGCAUAAUUUUGUCAAUAUUUUUUUUAUGAUUUAUAUACGAUCUCAUGUGCAUUGUUGGUCUUUUUUUAUCAUUUAUCUGUUUUCGCUUGCAUUUCCUUUCAACUGCCUUUCAGCCUUACUUCUGAGAUUUGAAAAUCAUAUAUGAUUAUAUAGGCUAAGGGAUAGUUCAUAUUUCUUGUCUCAUAUAGCUGCCUUAAAGGAUAUUUUCUUGAAGAGGCCACAACCUGGAACUAAGUAAAGAAAUUUCAAAACAAGGUAGGAAGAGACCAACAGUUUGGAUGAGAAGUUCACUAAAGUGAUGCUACUGGGAAGGAAGGAUGUUACAAAAGUUUUUGAGUCUUCCUAUUCCUACACUGCAGUGCUAAAGGUUACAAGGUUAGCAGAUAGAAAUUUAUUAUUGUUAUUGUCAUUAUAAAGUCGUUUAACAAAACCAGCAAGUUACAUUGCCAAGGUAGAAGGGCUCGUUUCAAGGACUCCCAAGUGUAAGGUGAAAAUUGAAUACUGGUCAAGUUAGGGCAGUUGGAAAGCUAGGUGGGAAGAGAUCAUAGGUGAUAAGGGGAAAAUCAAAUGGCAAAAAGUAUGCAGCUGGAAAUCAAAGGGACAUUGCAAGAACCAAGCCAUUAUUUAGCAGUAGGCAACCAUGUCAUUGGCUGAUAGAGACCCAGUGCAUGCAUUGCAGAUACAUCACUGGAUUUGACACUUAUUUUUUUACUUUUAUGGAGAAUGUAACAUGUUCAGUUUACCAGACCUGAGCCUUACUUUUUACUGGGAAGUUUCAUUAUAGAAAAAGAAGGUAAUCUUUGCUGUGAUAUGCUACGUAAAGCAGCAAACUAUUAUUUAGAAAGAUCUUGUGGCCAGUUAUAUUGCUAUUGUGAACAACUUAAUUUUCAGUUUGUUGCAAUUAAAAUAAUGUAUUGUAUCAAGUAAUUACCAUAAUUGAAAUCAAGAAGCAAUUUAAAUUCGGUGUAAUGCAAACAUUUCAUAAAAAGUUUGGAAAUAAGGUUUAAAAGAAGUAGGAAUCUCACAGAAUUUAAUUAUCUUUUCUCUCAAAAAGCCAUGUGUACUACUUUAUUAUUUUUAUGAUGCUAGAUUGGCCAUAAUUACAAAAGUAUUGAAUUUAUUAAUUUGUAUCAUUCUCAUAUUAAAACUAAUCAUAUCAGACAGGUACCUCUUGGUAGGAUGGAUGUUGGUUAUCAAUUAAAAGCAAAUUAAAAACUAGUCAUUAUACAGUGCAAGAUUAUAAUAAAAAAAAGAGGAAGGGAAGAAAAGGCUUCAUUUCCACAAGAAAGGUGGAUGGAGAAUGUCCCAUGUUUCUAAUGACUACUAUUAUCCACACAGCUGAACAAAUGUGAAUUCUCUCCAUGGUUUUAUUGCUAACUGUGAUGUCUUUGAAAUUUUCUUUGUAUGAUGUCUUGUAAGUGAAGAAAAGCUUGUACUGUAUUAAAUUUAUUAGGCAGUCUGUAAUAUGGGUACCAGUGUUUGAAAGUUUUUAUAAAAGCAGAAUACAAUUGCUCGAUAAAAGACACAUUUAGUGAAUAAAUUUAGAUUGUAUUUUAUUGCCUUGACUAUGAGAACUGUAGAAAUCUAAACAAAUAUGAGACAUGUAAUUGGAGUAAUGAAAUUGUUGUAAAGCUGAUGGUAAAAUGUCAGUUACAAAAAAAAGGCUAAUCAUUUUAAAGUUUUUCUUCUUUUUUGUGGAGCCUAGUUGAUGGUUUCCUUUUACAAUAAUAAUGGUCUCUCUUACAGUAAUGAUGGUUAUCUUGAACUGAACAGUGCUGUGUAAAGUAAUAUCCAACUGUUAAUUUAGGUCAUAUAUGGUUAUUUAUAUAUUUAUGGAGGUGUAAUACUAGAAUUUUUGUUGUAGGUAAACUAAUAAAUUUAGUUUAAUAACUUGGUCCUGAGAGUACUUUAUAUCAUUAUUCAGGGUUUAAUUUAGGCAAAGCUAGUAUGAUUAAAAGGUAAAAAAAAAAGCUUUCUAAUCUCCCAUCCCAAGAAUCUAUUUGCAGUUUCAGUUCAACUAGUGUGUGUCUACUUCAUUGGGAAAAGUUGCCAUUUGAUUUAUUGUGGCAGAUAAAGGUUUCCAAUGAACCUGCAGACUCCGUUUUACAGAGGUUCAUGCCUAGUGUAGAGUUUAGCAACAGUGCUGGUUAGUUGUUCAGACUCGCAAAGGUAGUUUUAUUAUCAUGAAUAGAUGGGAGACACGUCUUGCCUUCAAAAAUAUCUCAAAUCCAUGCAAGUUGAAAGAGGAGAACUUCCUUUCUUUAUGAAAUAAUCACAUGAAACAAUAUUGAAGCAAGUUAUUAAACUAAAGAAUUCUUUAGUCAGAGAUAUUUCUAUAAGUGGCCAUUCACCAAUAUUUCCAAUUUGAGCCAAGAGAACCUUUUUGUCACUACAUAAAUGUAAACAUAAAGCCCCUUCCAGCAUUAAAACUUAUUUCUUCACAUUAUGUGUAAAGACUCCCUCACUGAAAGUAUCCCAUCUUCAAAAUGGUCUCACACUUGGAGCCCAUGGGUGUCUGAUAGAUAACCUACAUAAGGAGACCUGUGAAUGCAGAGCAACCUUUAUAGUGAAUCAUAUCUUUAUAGACUGUCCAACUUUCAAGCAACAUAUAGUACAGUAUCUGGAACAAAUCCUAGACAGAAAUUGUCACAGCUGUCUUUUUCAGUUUAUUCAAUCAUUAAAUUUUCCAUGAGUUGCUAUAUAUUAAAUAAGGUUUUAAUGUAUUUACUAAGAAUAACCAUUCUGGCUUGCCCUAGGUGACCUGGUACUAUGUAUAGUAUAGCUGUAAAUCAAAACAAUAACUUUAAUUAUGUACGCUCUCAGUCUCUUUGCAAGGUGCCUUCUAAAUAGGAAAAGUUAAACAAAAAUACUGAUUUUAUUAUUUUAAUAUGAUAAUAAUACAUACAUCAAAGAAAAGAUUUCCACAGUUACUAGGUUAGAUAUGUAAGACACUAAAAGUGCUGCGAGAUUAUUUUAUAAAAAAAGAUAGACAAAAGAAUAUCAACAUGAAAAUGGAAUAAUUCUCUCAGCAAAAACAGCACCAAAAUGAGGUUGGUAGAAAUCUGUGAAAGAAAGCAUAUUGAGUAGCGUGCUAAUGGGAAGGGAUGAAAAGAAAACAUGGUGAAAUAAUGUUCUAAAACAAUGAAAGAAGAAAAACUUAAAUCUCUGGCAGGGAAUAGAGGAUAGAGCCAUACAAGGUAUGAGGAAA